UGGAAGAGCCUCUGUUUGGCUUCAACAAUCAGUGUAUGGUAGAGAGAGUCUACAGCUGCUGUUAAAACAAACAAUGCAAAGUCAUACUUACUUAAGAAAGGUUUACUAAGUUACUGUGGUUAAAGGCCAGAAUAUAAACUUAAGGUUGAUGAUCAUUCCAAAGAUGAACUUGACAAGUGGCCUUUUAUAUCAUGUCUUCUUUGUCUUUAUUCUCAUCUCUUCCUUGAGGCCCUCCUAUGGGUUCUUUGACUGGUUGAAUGUCAAAACUCCACCUCCUACUCCUGCUCCUGCUCUCACUCCCACCCCUACAUCAUCUUCCCAUGAUGCUGAGCUCAUUCCCAACACAGUUUUUGAGAUGACUACUGCAGAUGAAAAAUUCUUGGCCGAGGCAAAGCAUCUGAACCUCUCUCCACUGGACAGCUGCCAUUACAAAGUCAUUGCUCAGCUUCAGUCCUCCUGCAGUGACAUGUCUGAAGAAGAGCUGGCCAAACUUGGAGUUCAACUGUACAACUGCCAGGCAGAAGUUGAAGGUCGUAGGACAUACCUCUGCACAGAGGAAAUGACUUUAGGGGAAUGCACUGCUGAUAUGGACCCAGAUACCUGGAAUGCUUAUCACAUUGUCAGCAACAGAGCGCGAUCUGUAUGCUAUGCCACACGACAGCUGCACUUCAAGCGCCAGACAGAGCACACAGUCAAUGCAUUGGUCACCACAGCCUCCAGUCAGUUGGAGGCCAUGAAAGUGCUUAAGGCUGGACAGGAAGAGCUGAAGGAGCUGACUGCUGCUUCCCUUGAGAAGGUGGUGAAUAGUCAGAAUGAACUGGUAUUGCAGCAGGAAAAGCUGCAGAGUGGCCAUGAGCAACUGGAUUCUUCAAUCAAUGACAGCCUGGAGAAACUGGCCAGUGAAAAAGCUUUGAUUGCUUCUGGACACAAACAGGUGGCUGAUCUCAUUGAGGGUAUUACCCAUAAAAUGGGCAUAAGCUUGUCUGCCAUUUACACAUGUGUCCUACACAUUGGUUACCUUAUGGUGGCAGCCCUAGUAAUGACGUUCUUGCAGACCCCCAGCUUCUCUCAUGCCAUCCUGCUGCUAGUGGUUAUACUCAAUGCGGUUUCCAAGCUCAACAGUGGUAUCUCCUUGGAUUUCAAGUGUCUUACCAUCUUUUUGACUCUAACUGUUGUUGGGAAUUGGAUGCUAAUGAACUUUCUAAAAUGUGUUGUGAAGAUGAAAUCCUUCAAGUCUAAGUGCAUAGUUUCAGCUAUUCAGCCUGUACCACAGCAUAACCCAAGACAAGAGCCUGAAGACAGCUUCUGUUCUUCAACACCAGACAGAAUUUCUGAGAUUGCCAAGUUUAAAGAAGACCUGAAGAAAUUGGCGAACGAAAGUUGUAUACCAGAGGAAUCCUGCUUUGAAAAGAUGUAUAGAGGAAAAGAUGAGGGAUCGCUUUUGGAAGAAACUCUUACUGAAUGGAAGACAAACACUAGUUCCACUGUUAAACAUCUUACGUACUCAAGCCCAGCACUUAAAAAACGACACAGCCUGACUAAUUCUGCUAGGAGAGAAGCAGAGCUAAUGACAGAAAAUGCCACCCAGCACAACCUAUCAUCUGUGCUUGAUACUUCUACUGGAUCCAAGCUCUACAGUUCGAAUCAGUCAGUGGUCAGCAAUAAAUCUGUAUCUUUCUCACUUCGCAAGUCCUGCCAAGGUAUCACCAGGUCUGGCUUACCUUGUAGAAACAAAGUUUUUGGGCAAGAAUUCUGCUAUGUCCAUGCCUCAGGACAGAGUUCUUUUACUGCUGGAUCAGCUGCCUCUCCAGCAAGUGAGAGCAACACUGAAACAUCCUUUUCUAUCAGUCAUUUACAGAUUGCUCCAUAUCACCAUGACUGAGACUAAUAAAGGGACCCAUGUGUAGUCUAAGAGCAUUACCUUCUCUAACCAGUCAUGGCAUUUAUUAGUUUUGGAGAGAGCACAUCUGUAUAUCUUCAGUGUGUGAUGGGUGUUUUUUUUUUCUCAAAGUUGGAAAUUAUGCUUACAAGGGCUGUUUUUAUAUAUGUAUGCAUAUAGUUUGCAUUUUUGCUUGUAUAAUGCAUAAGCUACACAGAUGCAUCACUUUGUGAGCUGUCACUCUCCAGUAUUUUUCUGCAGCAUGUGUAGGAAUACAGAAGCUGUAUUUCUUAAGAGAAUGAAUUUUGUACAUCUGUUUAACUAUAUGCAUCACAAUAAAUAAAAUAGGACAAAGACACCUAAAAUGCAGGUUGGCAGAUCUGCACUGGUGUGUGGCAUUUGCCAAGCAGACAACCUUAAUACUAUGGAAUAUUUGCCAUUUAAGUUUGAAGGUAUAAUGUAGGAAUAGAAGCAUUUCCUUAUCCAAAUGAUUGGGAAAUCUUAAUGCUGCACUUUUGAAACUAUUACUUCUAUAGAGUCUUGAAAUACAGCACUAAUCUCUCUAGAGUUUUAAAUUACAGCACUA